AUGUUUGUCCUGGUCAGCACCAUCCGCGGGUGGGGCAACACCGACCUCUUCAGCCGGGCAAUCCAGCACGUCCUACGUCCGUACUUUGAAGGCGAUGAGUUCUACAACCGCAAAUGGGAUCUGUAUCACUACGAGACUUCGGUUCGAGACUUCUUCCUGCUGCCUAUCGACCAGGCGCAGGAGUUCCUGAAGGACCUAUCCGAGCAGACGGGCAUCACUAAGGGCCUCCUCGACCCUCCCAACAAGCUCGCCUUCUUCAUUUCCCCGGAAGCCGCGCAGGAGGAGCCAAAGUUGAUCGGUAGCGUCUCCUCGAAGGAGGAGUUCAACAAGCUCGUCGCUGCGCACAGCUGGUCGGACGAGGUGAUUGCCGACCGAAAGAAGAAGGAGAAGGUGAAGAAGGCCCGCAAGAAGAAGGAGAAACAGAGUCUCGCGAUGAUGGGCUACAACUCGAGUGUGCGCACUGCACGCCAGCACCUGGGACUUGGGAUGAAGGCGUGUGCAAUGAAGGAAGCCGCCGGCGAGGGAGUCUCUGAAGACCGUCCCAGACCCGUCCUGGUGGCAAUCGACGUCGAGGCGUGGGAACAGGACCACAACCAGAUCACCGAGAUCGGAAUAGCGACGCUAGACACGGCAUUGAUUCCGUCGGCCGCCGAGUUGCCAGCUCUUUCGCUGGCGGAUAUGGACAUGGCCAACAUCGACUACGACAACCCCGCGCCCAAGACCCGUGCCUCCGUCAUCAACGAGCUGAUCAAGUGCCGCCACCUGCGGAUCCACGAGAACCGCUCGCUGAGGAACGGAAUAUACGUUAGCGAUGCGGCCGACAAGUUCGACUUCGGCGAGUCAGAGUGGGUAAGCCUCGGCGACGUCCCCGCGAUCCUGGGCGAGUCUCUACGCUUCUUCGACGAGAACGGCAAUAAGAGGAACGUCAUCAUCGUCGGCCACGACGUAAAACAGGACCUGGCAUACCUCCGCAUCACCGGAUAUGACGUGUGGAACAUCAAGGACCUGGAGGUGAUGGAUACCACCGCCAUGUACAAGGCCGUCAACGACGUGCACGAGUCCCGCGGUCUCGGAAGAGUACUGACGGACAUGGGCGUGAUCUUCUGGAACCUCCACAACGCUGGAAACGACGCAGCCUACACCCUGCAAGCCUUCGUCUGCCUCGCGGACCGGGGCCUGCCACCGUACAGCCACCAACCGGCCUCGCCCGUCGCCGUCCCAGCCGAGGACGAGAUCCCGCCCGCCACGCUGCCGGAGCCGAAGGAAGGCGAGUACCCAGACUACGAAGACCUUGUUGAGUCCGGCUGCAUCAGCUACAUCGACCCGGCCAAGAACCAGCUGGGCCCACGGCCGAAGUCGGGCAAGAAGGGAGGAAGGGCCAGGGCGAAUCGAGACGGCUUCGAGCCUCCGCAGGAGCCGAAGAGAACGGUUACCGCUCAGCAGAUCGCGGAGGUCGAGGAUGGCUGGGGCACUAGUAAACCCGUCGAGGACGAUGUGUGGUAG